AUGCUUCUUCUGCCUCCUUCAACACCUAUCUUCUGCCAAAUUCUCUCGAUCUCCUUGUUCCAAUCCCGAUUUCUUUGCAGUAGUGUGUCUAGAGGGUCUGGUUCCAUCGGUAAAACAGAUUUAAAAUACUGUCCAGUGAAGCUGAUAAUCCGAAUGAACCGCGAAAGAAAUGCGUUCGUAGUGAAGGAGUGGAAACACCAGCACAACCACAAUCCUUUAAAGGUUAAAAAGCCCAAGAAAUCAUGGGAACAAAAGUUCGCAGAUAGAAUGAGCGGGAAGAAGAAAGAAAGAAAAGGAAAAAACAAGAAAAAGACGCUGGAAGAAAGUGUAGUAGAUGAAUAUCUAAAAGUAUUGUCAGAAUGGAUAAUUGAUAAUCCUGAUAACUUGCCAGAAAAAUUAAAUUUGAUAAAGAAUUGUGGAGAAAAGAUAGCUGAAAUGGAUGGGAAGAAAGAUCAAAUAACAUUCCCAAAGGUAGAUUCUAGUGAAGAUGAGGAAGGAAAUAUAUCAGAAAUAGAGAAUGAAGAAAACACACAUGAAGAAGAAAACACACAUGAAGAUACUAGAGAAGAUAUUGAAGCGAAAAAAGGAGUGGAAGAAAAAGAGCAAAAUGAUAAUUUUUCAAAUGCAGAAAUAAUGUAUCACGAAAAUAUGAAAAGUGACUUGAGUAUUCAGGAAAAUCAGGUAACGGUAGAAGAUCUAUUACAGAUAUUGAUAAAGAAAGAAGUAUUGAAGGAAAGGAAAGAAGGAUACGUGAUCAAAUUGGAAGAUUUAAAAGAAAUGAAUGAUGAAAUAAAAAGUUAUUUAAGAGAGCAUGCAAUAAUGGUGGAUGAGUUAAAAAAAAAUGGCAACUACAGAGGUUAUGCAAUCGGUCUAUUAUUCAUUACAAAAUGGCGCAGUUUAAAAAUUGAAAGAGUGAAGAUUAAAAUAAAUGUGACAUAG